AUGCGUCUAUCAUGUGACGAGUUUGCCACCAAGGUUAAAGAAUGUAUGUUAUGGAAAGCUAUUGAGUUAGCACAUGUGGAAUUUGACAUUGUUGCCGUAUCCGCAUUUCUCGAGAGGCAUUAUCCCGAGACAUAUACUAUGCAUCUUCCAUUCGUCGAGAUGGGAAUUACUCCCGAUGAUUGCCAUAAUAUCACCGGCUUACCAGUGGAAGGUAAAUGUCUUCAAGAAGGCUACAACCCCUCAAUGAGUUAUGAAGCUCUUGAAGAUUUGGCUCUAAAAUGUCUAGGAUGGGAUGCAAGAAAGUCCCAAUAUGAGUUCAGACGUGCUGUGAGGUCCCCUCAACGUGGAGAUGAGUAUAAUCCAAGAGAGGCAAAUGGAACAUUGAAGAAGAAGGUCAAGAAGUUCAAGCUGGUAAAGUGGAAGGCAGCAUUUGGAGGGACAAAAAAGAAGGUGGAAAAAGGAAUGUUUGUGAUGGACAGGGAGACCCUUAGGCAUCAUGUCACCGCUUUUUGGUUAUGUAUGCUAGGAACUGUCAUUUUCCCCGACACUUCUGGAAAUAGGAUGGAUGCACAUUAUCUACAGCUUUUGGAGAAUCCCGAUGAGAUGAACAAUUACUCUUGGGCCACUUGUGUGCUUGCUUUUGUUUUGAAGAGAUGA